AUGACGAAUCAGUUGGGAAAUCUGGUGCAGUCGAUAAAGUCAAAGGUGAAGUCUCUGAACCUGAAGAAGGGGAAGAAGCCGUACGUGAAGAUGGACAAGAGUGCGAGCGUUAAGGUUGAGAUUCGCAGCAGAAAAGCUCGCAAGCUCAUCGAGAAGACCUUGAAGGCUGCUGAUUCUCCCGCCACAUCUACCCUCUCUUAG